UCAUAUAAAACCAACAUAGCAGAAACUCUCAUAUUAGAUUGAUCAAAAGAUUUAAAACAAAGAAGAGAAACAAAAGGCUAAUAACAGUACGACAUAUGGAUUCGAAGCCAACGGUUGUUUAUGAAGAUUUUGAGUUACGAACUGAAUGGGUUCAUGAAGCUGUGGAGGACACUUUAAUUGCAUAUCUACCAGGCUUUACGAAGGCGCAACUUAAGGUUCAAGUAACCACUGCGGGGAACUUGAGGAUAUAUGGAGAACGUCCAAUUGGCGGCAACAAAUUCAGCCGUUUCUCCAAGGAAAUUCCAAUUCCAUCGAAUUGUGACCAAAAUAAAAUCAGAGCCAAUUUCAAGGACGGUAUGCUCCAUAUUAAACACUCCAAACUGAUCAUCCCGGCCGAUGAGAAGCAGGAAGAAGCAAAACCAUCUGUAGAAGUUCCGAAGUCUGAUCAAAACCAUGCUCCACAGCCUCCAAGGCCUGCCGAUGUGCCACGGAAACUAGGUAAUGGUCCAGAACAGGCUGUUCAAGAAACUCCUCUCAAGGCCACCGUGGAAAAACAAACAGGUGAGAAAACAGAUGGGCUAGCAAAGGAGGCUGACAGUGUUUCAGAGAAGGAACCUGAUAAAGAAAAGGAAAUGAAAGACAAAAGCAAUGCUGGUAAUGGAUCUGACAAGCCUAUGGAGGAGGAGAGAAAAGGUUGGGAUCAAGAGGAAAAGGCUUCAACUAGUGAAAAAGCUGAAAAGUUUGGCGAUUCUGUGCAGGACACAGCAGAAAAAGAAAAUGUAGAGACUGAGAAACUCGAUGGCACUGAUCACAAAUACCAGCCAGCGAUUAACGUGCUUUCGCUAAAAUAUAAGCAAGUUCUUGAUGGUUUGGCCAUGGGGCUAAAGAAUCCAAGAAAAAUGAUGAACAUGGUUUUGGCUGUUUUAUUGGUUGUGGUACUUGCGGUUUAUGUCAGAAAUGCGAUCAGGUCUCUUAGGAACUACUAGAACUAAGCUUGUGGGAAGUUCAUGGUGAAUGUAAUUUCUAAGUUAUACAUAACUUGUAUCUGAGAAUCCAUAAGAGUAAUAUAUUAAGAGCUUGACAUG